AUGGAAAAUACCAAAAGAAAAAUGACUUCAAAAAUUCCCACCAGAGACUGCCAGUACGGAGACAAUUGUUAUCGCGUUAAUCCAGCUCAUUUCCGCGACUUUUCCCAUCCGCAUAUCGAAAAACUGCUCACUAAAGCAGCCUCAGUAUCACAAGUCAAAAUUCCUGAUGAAGUGAAAAUUAACAAGAGUGUUUUCGCAGAGCAACUAAAAAUCGUUUCGGACCUUUUCCCACACCUUUCGAGUGAAUUAACGAACCCAAAUCCCGAAAAAAAGCCCAAAGUGGAGCAUAAUGAACCCUCACAAGUAGCAUCCACUUCCACGAUUACUCCCAACGUCCCAAAAAUACAACAAAAAACAGAAGGCACUACAGCAACCAAAAAAGAUGAGAUUCAAUCGUUAUUUGCUGAAAGGCGGGCAAAAAUGCAAGCUGCACAGCGGGAAAGGCCAAACCCACCUGUAGUGCCUCCAACGAAACAUGAGUCAAACACCAGUAGUGCUGCCGAUACGGGAAUCUCUUUACAAAAGGCGAUACCCCGUGAUAUAAGCUCAUACUUUCCGGUCGUUGCUCCACGAGGUCGAAUGGCACAAAAAUUGGCCGCGGCAGCUCCUUAUAACUUUUUCCUAACAACAAUCACCGCUUCAAAGCCGACACAUAACGAACCGCUUUCCAUCACGUUCCAGGAGCUACUAGAUUCCAGCCUGGGGCAACUGGAGUGCUCUGUUCAAAUGAACUUUAUGGUUGAUAUUGGCUGGUUGCUGGCGCAUUAUUAUUUCGCGGGGUACGAAAAUGUUCCGCUGCUGAUAUUGUAUGGCGACGAAACGCCCGAACUGCAGAUAGUUUCCAAGAAAAAGCCAAAUGUCACCGCGGUAAAGGUGGACAUAAAAACACCUUUCGGUGUACACCACACAAAGAUGGGUCUGUACGGAUAUCGUGACGGCUCGAUGCGUAUCGUUGUUUCGACGGCAAACCUGUACGAGGAUGAUUGGCAUAAUCGCACGCAAGGACUUUGGGUUAGUCCGCGGCUGCCCGCCGUCCCAGAGGAUUCAGACACGUCGUUCGGCGAAAGCGUAACCGACUUCCGGGCCAAUUUGCUGGCAUACUUGAAUGCUUACAAGAUACCGCGAUUGCAACAAUGGGUCACUCGGAUUCGAAAAACAGAUUUUUCUGAAUUAAAAGUAUGUUUCGUGGCAUCGGUUCCAGGUGGACACGUCAACACUCCAAAAGGUCCUUUAUGGGGUCAUCCACGGCUAGGUCAUCUAUUAUCGCAAUAUGCUGCACCUAUUGACGAUACCUGUCCACUUGUUGCGCAAAGCUCAAGCAUUGGCAGUUUAGGACCCUCCCCAGAAUCGUGGGUUUUGGCAGAAAUUAUGGCUAGCUUUCGAAAGGAUAGUACCGCAGUUGGUAUACGUCGGUUGCCUGGCUUUCGUAUGAUUUAUCCUAGCUACUCGAAUGUGCGUCAGAGCCACGACGGUUUACUCGGUGGUGGUUGCCUUCCAUAUGUGAGGAACACGCAUGUGAAACAAGAGUGGCUCAAAGACUACCUUCAUCAGUGGUGCUCCCGUGCGAGAUAUCGGAACAAAGCGAUGCCACACAUCAAGACCUACUGCCGUUGGUCACAUCGGGGUUUGUACUGGUUCCUGCUUACCUCGGCAAACCUAUCCAAAUCGGCAUGGGGAGUAUACAAUAAGACAGGGCGUUUCGAGAAACCUCUGCGUAUCAACAGCUACGAAGCAGGAAUAUUGUUUCUUCCAAGGCUGAUGUUGGACGAAAAUUUUUUUCCUAUGGAAUCAAACAAGAAACAUCCACAAUUUCCAAUGCCUUAUGAUAUACCGAUUAUCCCAUACGCACCCGAGGAUACUCCUUUCUUUAUGGAUUAUCUAACACAGUGAAAUGGAACAAUAUUAAAAUACUUUGUUUUAUUUCAGCCGUGUUGAAUAAUUUAUUUUUGGCAAAUAUAUGCUUUAUAAUUG